GCUCUCCCUGAGCUCCCCAAGGUCCCCAAGUACCCACGGUGCACCCUGUGCCUCUGCUGCUGCAUGGUGACACGUCCUGCUCAGCCCAGCCAGAUCUAAUUAGCUUGUUGAAUCUCUUCUCCCUCCGGCCUUGUGUUAAUCACUUUUCACAUUGCUUCCCUCUGAAUUCCCUCUGGCCUGGCUUGCUCUUGCUGUUGCUGAUGUGCCUGGAGAGGGAAGCAAGGGGACCCAGCUGGACAUAGAGCAGGGCCCCCACUCUGCUGUGUCCUGCCUCAGAGAUGGGCUCUGAUCCAGCAGGCAGACGGGUAAGGAGAUCACUCAGCCACAGGGAGGUGAGAAAAUCACAGGCUGGAGAAAAAGCAAUAAAUCUAGAGAGCAAAGGAGUCUAUUGGGACAACCCUUCUCUGAAGCCCUGCUUGUUGGUGAAGGGUGAAACCUCGAAGUCUAAUGAGAGAGGCUGGGGCUCUCUAGCACAGGGUUGUAUUGAGUGUUGUGGGAGCUCAGUGGGGUCUCCUUCACCUCUUAUCUGUGAAGGGCAAGACUAGACCCCCAAACGGGGCACAGGUGGAAAUAGAGGUGCACUGGACUGGGAUGUAUGAAGUUGUGGUCCCUGGAGUGCAGGUAGCAGGAGGUCUGAUGUGCCAUCCAUGCUUGGCUGCAGCAUCGCCUCCCAGGGAUGCAGGAUAAUGUCUCAUUCCCCAUGGAUGCCUGCCCUGGGGCUUGUAUUGCUAGGGCAGGCUGUGGACAGAUCAGAAGCAGCUUUUUGGGAGAGAUGCAUAGACAUCGAGCUAAAAAGGACUUUCUAAUUACCCUUGUUGCCAGGCUGGGGUCUCUGCGCUCUGCUCACAAGGCAGGGUUUUGGGUGGGCUGCAGGGAGCCCCCAUCCUGGCUGUCUGCCUGACCUGCUUCCCUCCCUCCAGGUAGCACCCUGUGGGGCACGUUUCCUUCCAGCAGCAAGCAAGAUAUCCAGGGCUGGCAGCCCCCAGCUGUGGCUGUGACUGACUUGCUUGUGCCCAGAUGCAGGUGUUCCCCCCAGGACGUGAUAAGGGAAGAGAUGAGGGUGGCAGGUGUCCAUGGAGGAUAUCAGCAGACAAGGCUGAGCUCCACGGCACAGAACUCAUGUCAUGCUGUGGGUCCAUGAAAGGCUCACUGUUGGGGUGAAGGUUUGGUGGUUUGCAAUGGGGCAGAGGGGUUGUCGUAGGCAGGGCUGGUCCCUGGGCUGGGAGGCAGCACUAUCCCAGGAGUGAGUGAUGAGCUUGAGGGUCCCUGGAACACUUCAGUGCCACCAGAAGCUGCUGUUAGGGUGGGAGUCAGGUGCACCUGAGCCUCCUACACAUAGCCAUUUGUGCCAGUUCUGCACCUCUUUGUGGGUUCCUGUGCUGUGGGGUGCCUGUGCCAUGCUGUGUAGUGCAGGGAUGCCCAGGGUGAGAGCUGACUUCUCAGUCUCUUGGGCAGUCCCAUGGGCUCUCUCCUCCCCUGCGGCCUGGGUGCCCCAAGGGACUUCCGAGGGUGCCAGGGCAAAAGGAGGGAGGGCCAAGGCAGGUCUCUCCUCCCCUGCCCUCCCCUCUCUUCCCUUGCUGGGUCUGUUGCUGCCAGACCAGCUGCCUGCUGGGGCUUUGUGCUGGGGUGAUGUUGGCUGCUGAGGCUCCCUGGGACCUGCAGGGGCUACAAACAGUGGGCAUCAUGCUGCUGCUCUGCUCCAGCCUCAAGCUACUCCAUGCCCUGGGCAUCACUGACCUGAGUGACUCCUUCUUUCUUCCAGGCAAUCCGCCAGUCCAAACUAAAAAAGCGCUGAAGCAGCGAUUCCUCAAACUGCUGCCCUGCUGCCGGCCCAAAUCCAUCCCCUCGCUCAGCGAAAACAGUGUUGAGGAUGAGUUUGAGCUCUCCACCGUCUGCCACCGCCCCGAGGGGCUGGAUCAGCUUCAGGAGCAGACCAAGUUCACCCGAAAAGAGCUGCAGGUCCUGUACCGAGGCUUCAAAAAUGAGUGCCCGAGUGGCAUUGUCAACGAAGAAAACUUCAAGCAGAUCUAUUCACAGUUCUUCCCUCAGGGAGACUCCAGCACAUACGCCAGCUUCCUCUUCAAUGCCUUUGACACCGACCACGAUGGGUCUGUCAGCUUUGAGGACUUUGUGUCUGGGCUGUCCACCAUCCUGCGAGGCACCAUUGACGAUCGCCUGAACUGGGCCUUCAACCUCUAUGACCUGAACAAAGAUGGCUGCAUCACCAAAGAGGAAAUGUUGGACAUCAUGAAGUCCAUCUACGACAUGAUGGGCAAAUAUACCUACCCGGCCAUGCGGGAGGAAGCGCCCCGGGAGCACGUGGAGAACUUCUUCCAGAAAAUGGACCGGAACAAGGAUGGUGUGGUGACAAUUGAGGAGUUCCUGGAAUCCUGCCAGAAGGAUGAGAACAUCAUGCGGUCCAUGCAGCUCUUCGACAGUGUGAUUUAGCUCCCGGACCUGCCUCCAGCUCAGCGCUCCUGACACUGGGCCCAGAACCUGCUUCUCUCUCUUGACUUUUCCUUCGAGCCUCCCCUCCACUGGCUGCACAGACACCCCCGCAGGAAGGGACCUCCCUUUCCGGAGAUGCAGUCAGCGCUGAGAUCUUCCCUUUCCCCUGAGCUGGCUCUGCUUUCCUCGGGGGAUCCCAAGCAGGUGCUCCCAGACAUCGGAGCAUGGGCAUGGCUGGCACAGGAUGAGCAUUUCACCUGGAUGGACCUCCCUGCACCCAUUCCUGGUGCAGAAGCUGCAGCCUUGGGCUGCAAUAGAGGGUUUUCCCCAUGCACACCACCCCGUGCAGCUCCCCUAAUCCUGAUCCUCCCCAGCCCCAGGAGCCCCCAGUCCCGGCUCCAGCCCAAACCCUCCAGUGAUGCUGUCUAGAAACCACUAAAGUCUUGCAAAGGGCCCCAGUGCCUUGGCUUCCUCCCCUGCCCUGGCCGUGUCCUGCCAUGGGGAGCACGUCCAGCGUGCCAGCCACCCUCCCUGUCCAGACACUGGGCCAGUGGGUGGGCAGAGGGACCAUGCCUGGAGAAGGCAGCCGCAUGGGCACCUGGGGCUCAUUGCUGCAUGAACUGUGGGGAACAUCCCCUGAUCCCAAGGGUCCUGGUUAGACCUAGGAGGCUCAUCCUGACAAGGGGAGAGGGGAGACUAAAGGAACCCCGAGGUGACUUCUUGUGGCACAGGUCCCCCAGAAUGAAGGAUGCAAGGCUGGAAGGGCUGCAACCUCAGCCCCUGUCCCUUGAGUUCAGGGUGCUGGCACACAGGGACCUCAGGGAACCACUUUGAGGCUCCAAUCAAGAGAUACCCUUUCCAACCCUUCCUGAGGACAUGGAAGCCAGGGUACGAGGACACAUAAAAGAAGGAGAUGUGCUGGGCUCUGGUGGCUGCCCUGGCCCUUAGAGCUCCCAGCUAUGCUCUUGGCAUCGUUUGCUGCUCCCAGGCCCAGGCUCAUCCUGGCCCACCUGCUGCCCAGGGGCUGGGGAAUGAGCAAUGGGACAGAGAGGUGUCCCCACAGGCAUAGCCCUGGGCUGGGGAUGUGGUUGAGCUGGCAACUCCUGGGAGAGAUAGCUGAGGCUGGGGACAGCCAGAAGUCAUUGCCAUGCUGCUGGCAGGCUGGAGGGUCACCUUGGGGCAGGGGGGCUCAUCCCCAUCUCCCAGCAUGGCCAGGUGAGAGCCUGCGUGGGGACCCUGGUGCUCCCCACAUCCUUGUCACCAUCAGCUCCUUGGAGCUGGGUGUGUGCAGGCAAGCCUGUCCUGCCCACAUACCACUUCGAGUUGUAGCUGAGUGAUGCCCAUGUGCUAAUGAUCCCAUGCCAAUGCCAGAGGCCCUCCACAGGCAUUGGGAAUGUACCCAGCCUUGGCAGUCCCUGACUGUGGCUCUAGCAUCUGCAUCCUUAGCAGCCAAGGGUGAUUUGGGCUGGCCAAAACUGCAGUGUCUGGGAUCAAGUGGGAAGGAGUGCAAGGCCAGCACCCACGUCAGGCUGGGCCCCAGACCCAGGCUGAGCCCCUGGUGUUGGAGACAUUAGAAAUCCCCCCUGGGGCUCUGAGCCAAAGCUACGGGGCCACUUCCCAGCGGGACCAUCCUUAUCCCAUCCCUUGUAGAUAUGAUGUGUUUUUUAGGUUCAUUCAACACAUUAUUCACCUCGCAGAAAGGACGUGUUUUUUUAGAUUCAUUCAACACACCCUUCAUCUUGCAGACCUGUUCCCAGGUUUGUUGUGGGGCUGAGCUCCCACUUGCAUUCUCUCAAGGGUGGGAGGGCAGGUAUCCCAAACCUUACCCCUUGCGUCCCUUUCUCCCUGUUCUCCCUCCUCCCAGGCUCUCUGGGGUGCCCACAAUCCCCCUCCCACACGGAGCAGAUGCCGCCUUCUCCCUCACGCUGUAGGUCGCAUGGAGUGACCCCCUGCCCCGGGGCAUGCUGACCCACAACCCGCUUGGCAUCUCCAGUCUGUAUAUUUUGUAUUAUAACAAUUAUAUGGGUAAAAAAACCCCAAACAAACAAACCAACCAAUAAAAUCUAACCACAGUCGCUAUGCACA